AAUGGGGUUUGAGAAGGAGGCGAGGAGAGAGGAUGCGAGGAGAUAGAUAUUGAGAUUUUAUAAUUUGUAUUUGCGCCUCCUUUAUUUCUAUAUGAAAUUGGUCUUCAAUCUCCUUUAUUUCUAUAAAGGAGGCGCAAAUACAAAUAGGAAAAUCUCAGUAUCUGCUCCUCGCGAAGUCUGUCACGAGCCUCGGGAUUGAUUUGAUAAACACGGAAGUGAGACUGGACUUCAUGGAAACAAAUAUUUACCGCACCGUCUCAACGUGUUGUGACGCAGUCAUUCUCGAUUCGUUUUAGCUGUGCACGGUCUUAGUUUACGCGCUUUCUGUUAUCUUGAAUUAACCCUAAUUAUUUCUAGUUCAGUUGUAGAUUAGUUGAGCACGAUGAAAAAUUGUAUUGUUAUUAAUGUGAUAAUGCUAUGCAUUGUAAUGCAGGUGAAUUGCACUUUGAAUUUCGAGAAAACGCGCACAGCAUAUACUGUGAAGGUCUUUGGGUUCUCAUGGGAGAACUGUGGUAAGCCAGACGACCCAGCGGUUCUGAAGACCCUAACCCUGUCCCCGGACCCCAUCACAGUUCCAGGGGACCUAAAGGCCAGUGCGUCCGGGAACACAACCGUCGAGCUGGCCGCUCCCCUCGCUGUGAACGUGACACUGGAGAAGGAGGUGGCAGGGUUCUGGGUCAAGGUGCCGUGUGUGGAAGAGAUUGGGAGCUGCCACUACGCAGACGGCUGUGACCUGCUCAACCAGCUGAUACCGCCAGGACAGGACUGUCCUGAACCUCUACACACCUACGGCAUCCCCUGCCACUGUCCCUUUAAAGCUGGGAUGUACACGCUACCAGAGUCAGACUUCUACCUCCCUGACAUUGACCUACCCUAUUGGCUGACCAACGGACACUACAGGGUACAGGGAGUUCUGGGAGCUAUGGGGAAAGAACUGGGCUGCCUCAAAAUCACCUUUGCUGUCCACUCUAAUAACUAAACGAUGGAUGAACGACCUCCUCUUUCCACUCUAGUUAAAUGGAGGCUACAGGGAACAUAAAUGUGCCAUUCAGUGAGCUGCGACACUGAACCUUUUUGUCGUCUUUAUUCUCACGGGAACUUCUGCUCUCAUCUCUUCUCAUCUCAAACUGCCAAUUGAGAACGGGGCCUGUAUAGACAAAGUCUCUCUGAGUAGGAGUACUGAUCAGUUUUACCUUUUACAAUCGUAAUGAAUAGGAGGGUGGACCUGAUCCUAGAUCAGCACUCUGAGAUACUUUGUGGAUACUGGCCCUGUACCAAACAAGCAGUAACUGAGCUGCUACUGUAGUUAAGGAUAUGAUUCAGUCGACUCACUUUCAGGUCAAACAGUUGAGUGGUUUGCAUGGCUUCCUACUGGCUUUCUACUGUACUGCUAUGAACUUGUCGUCACCUGUUUUGAUUCUUUUUCACAGUGUUUUACACUCUUUUUUUUUAUACAGAAUGAAUUUUAUUAGAUUUCCUUGUCAAGGGUGAAUGGCCGUGGGUAUGCUUCUAUUGCUCAUUGGCUUCUACCCUAGGUAAGGUGCUGGUCACAUGACUAGGAGUUUUUAUUGUGCCAUAGUCGUUUCUGGCUGACUCUUAUUGUGUCAUUCGUUUUUGGUUCUAUGGAUUGUAAUGCUACUUCCUGUUGCUAGUGGUGACACUUUUGAUUUUAGAACCCCUGGGAAUAUGUUGUUCUUCCUGUUGAUUUGUGUAUUGAUCAGUUUUCUUCUGAAGGUGUUUUUAUUGUUGACAUAUUCAAAGUGCCUAAGUAGACCUGCUGGAAUUGAGGUCUACGAAUCAAGUGUGACUGUGUGAUGUUUCAAAGGGAAAUGGGAUUAAUACAGACAAUCAAUUCCCUCCUUAUAAUACCAAAAGCCUAAUCCCAUUCUAUAACCGGUUAAAGUGUUCUUAAAUCAAAAUUCAAAUGAAAUGGUAGUCAAGUAUCAAAGUUUUUAGGAAUCAACAUGAAAAAUUGCACCUUGAUUAUUUAGAAAUGACAUUGCUUACAACUGUAACAAAUCAGCAUUCCUGGCUAAUAUUUCACUGUAAAACCCUUUUUUAAAUAAAAUAAUACCCUAUAUGUUG